UCUUUUACUUUUUUUAUUUAUUUACUAAUUUUUGUUCUUCCUCCGUCGGUAAAGAAGAUAAGAGAGAAAGGAAACUUUCAUUGAGAGUGAAAGCUUCGGAGAGAUUUUUCGUUUGAAUUCGUGAGUCUUUGGUUCGAACAGGACCCCAACAUAUAUUUCGUCCACGUUCCUCUUCUUCCUGUUCGAGUUUUUUUUUUCUUUUUUCCUUUCUCAUUCGACAGGAAUUCAAAGGACGACAAAAGGUAUGUGUUGACGUCUCUAUUAAAUUAAACAUCAAACGAGAUUCUAGACGUUGGAAGACAAAUCCGAAAAAGGAAAGGAAGGAGAACAGGAAGAAAAAGAAAAAGAAAAGGAAUAAAGAGGGGAAGGAGGAAAAUAAGAAGACAAUACUAAUCAAAAUAUAAAGAGAAUCGCGAAUCUCAUCGAGGAUGUUGCGAUGCGGAGAUCGAACGAGACAGAUCAGCCGAUUGUUUCGAGCCGGUCGAGUCGACAAUUAGCUCAUUUCGAGUCUACGAUCUAUCGCGUUUCGACAAUCAUGAUUUUUCUCCAGACUAUAGUAAUUAUCGACUUAACGUUGGAACUUCAAGAUCUGGAACAAACGCGUCUUCGAGUAUUCGAAAAACUUUGACGAAUUUUUUCAUUUCUUUUCUCGUCUAGACGAUUAAAAAGAACAAGAAAAAGAAAAAGAAAAAGAAAAAAAAACACGAAAUGUCCUUGACGAAUUUUAGUUUACCUUAUCACACGGCUACGCCGUCGUCGUUUCUUUAUACCGGGCACUCGACGGUUAAUAAUCUUCGAUUGAAUGCCGUGCUUCCGCCGGCACCACCUGUUAAUUACGAUAAUCGCGAACCCUUUCGAAACGAACCUUACAUACCACCGUCGAGGUAUCAACAGGAACGACAGCAACAGCAGCAACAGCAACAGCAACAACAGAGACAACGUCAGACGAACCAACAAAGAAGACCAGAAAUUUACGCCGAACAAUCUUCUUUUUCAUCGACUCAGGAUACGCGUUAUACGAAUUAUGAUGAAGAUUUUCGAAGGACUCAACCUAGAAUGCAACAACAGCAACAAAUGAGACCACCACCACCAGCUCCUUCUACUCAACGUCAACAAGAAAGAAUAGGACAAAACGAUGAACACGAAAGAGAAUCCUUACAGUCCAGCAGGAUCUCCGAACAAGAAGGUUAUCCAGACAGACCUAACGGAUAUACGAGAGUAAAUGCCGAAGGAUUCGGAGGUGGUCCAGGGACAAAAACGUCAGUUCACGCUGUUCUGGAUUACGAUGACGAUUUCGAGGAUUAUUACGACGAGGAGGAUCAAGGUGUACCAAGGGACGCACACGUAACACCGAUUCAAGGCCCGAUUUUCUUAAAAAACGGUUCGGUUCCUGUCGUACCGCUUUAUUCUUAUCCUCAAAUAAACAAUGGAACUUUUGUACAAAUUCCGAUCCUUUGGACAGCACUUUCGGUCGCAUUAGGAGUCGAAUUGAGAGGUGAUUUGGUCAGAGGUGCACCGUGCAUCAAAAGAUAUCAUCAAUUGUUUUGUCCAACUGCCGGAAAUACGUAUCCGAUCGAACGAAUAGAACGUUUCAUAGACGAAAACAAAGCAUUGAUGAAGAGAAUGUACGGUGACUUCGAGAUGAGCCCAGGUCAUCGAACUCGUACGAGAAGAAAAAGACGAGAAUCCUCUUUGAAAUCGUCGAAACUAGAUUUACCGGACGGUGGGCCUAAUCUUCAAGAGAAGGAACACGAUUUCGAAACGGAAAUCGAAGCCGAUGGGGAUUCCUUUUUUGGUAGGGAGAAUCAAAAAAGAGAUCCGAGACAAUCUUUUGGGAAAAACCGUAACAACGAAAGUGGAAGAGUCGACGCAUGCGAAUCAAAAGUAGAGAUCGUGACACCGUAUUGGGCUAGCAAUAGUGCAGGAAAGAUACGUGCUAUCGUAAACACCCAACAUUUUGAACAAGCGAUUCACCAAGAAGUUUGCUCAAAGACGCAAACGAAUCGAUGCACGACCGAUUGCGGAUGCGAACAAAAGUACAAAUGGCAUAGGUUGCUUGCUUACGAUCCGGACAACGAUUGCAAGGGCAUCUUCAUGGACUGGUUCCUGUUUCCUUCUUGUUGCGUAUGCAGAUGCGAUCCACCUAACAACAACAAGUUUCCACCAACGAAUUCACGAAAUUAAUUAUUUCAGGUGCACCCAAAAGGAUUUUAUUUUCCUUGUAUUUUUUCCCCUUUUUUUUUCUUUUUUAAUUUUCGUUACUUCAUUUUCUUCCAUUUCUUAGAACGAUUAAAAUAUAAUUUUCUUUGCUUUCUUCGAUAGAAUAUUUUCAGGAAAAGAAAAAAAAACAAAAAGAAAAAAACAACGAACAUAACGACGAAACACGAAAGAGGCUAAAAACUUACGACAUCUUUCCUCCUACAACCUAGAUUUUGUUUGUUAUCCUUUAUUUCCUAGUUCUUUUUCUUUUUUCUUCUCAAUUAUUACAUACGUAUAUAUAUAGGUAGAUUAUUAAUAAUUUAGAUUUGAAAAAUCGUUCGAAACAUUUUCAACGCUUUCUCUUUUCCUUGGUGAAAUUCUAAAUUACGAUAGAUAUCGAAUCUUUUCGAUAUUAAAUAUUACAACGGCAACGAGACGACGAUGAUACACACGGUAUAUAUAUAUAUAUAUAUAUAUUUUCAAAUUAUGUACAAACGAUUAUACAAUAACUAUUCUCGUUACUCGGACACGCCUGAUUUCCUUAUUUUUCCCUUCUUCGUGAGAUUUUCUAUAAGAUCGACAAACGAAAAGAAAAAAACCUCCCGAUGGAAAGUUUAACUUUUAAAAGAUAACAGGAAAAUUUUUAAUGAAAGAAGAAAGAAAGAAGGAUAGAAAGAAAAAAAAAACAUAAGAAUACGUUUAACCUAAUAAAUUACAGAACUAGAAGCCAUUCGAAGGGUCUUAACAAGAAGAUAACGAAGAGACUAGUUUUAAUAAAGAUCUCUGAUCGUUUCUAAGCACUGGACGGAUAUCUGAUAAGCUACGUUAAGCUUGCUCGUCUUACUCUUGCAUUUUUUUUUUUUUUUUUUUUUUGACAUUUUUUGUAUUUUUUCUUUAUUUUAUUUUAAUUACAAAUUUUUGAAAGGAGUAAGAGCAAGACGAAGACUUAAUUUUACAAAUAGAGAGAGAGAGAGAGAGAGAGAGAGAGAGUGAGUUAAUAAGAGAAAAAAAAAUAUACAAAGUUACUAAAUUAAAGAUACAAAUCCAUUGCGAGGCAUAUUAUGGAUUCCUCGACGAACAAUGUGGGAAGAAAUAAAUGUAUUUUAACAAGACGAGAAAUUAUGUUCUAAAUAAUAAUAAACUUAUGUUCUUUCCAAAAAAAAAAAAAAGAAAAGAAAUUAUAAGAAAGAGUUUAAGUUCAGAUAAAAUUCUAAGUUAGUAAAAA